UCUACGAGCAGCUUGAUUUUUUUGUAAAUGCGUUUAUUUCAUAUUUGUGACUAGAAAACACGAACUUAGACACCAUCACUUAGCAGACUACUCAGUUUUACGUGUAUGGUUUUCUUUAUUGGUUAAUUAAUCGGGUUUUGUGUCAUCCUGGCCUGAUGGAGGCUGAAGAGUGCAUGGAAACUGAUCCAGGCAGUAGAGAAGAUGACUCCUCUGACUGUGCUGUGGAGCCAACCAUUUCUGAGUUGGCAGAAGUUGAAGAUAAGACUUCAAUGGGACCUCAAGCCGUAUCUCCAGAUGGUGUCAGGUCUUCUGGUAUAACCUACAGUGAUCUGGAGGAGGGAGAGGAAAGCAUGGAGGAAGGAGAGGUUGAUGACUCAUCGGAGAUAGCUGUGUCUUUAAGUCACUUGGCAGACCCUUCAGUCCAUCAAGGUGCAAGGUCACCAAGUCAAGAUGAAUGUUCCAGGCAUUCUUAUGAUACUUCACAUUCCACUGGUAUUGAAAGUCAUCCAAUGGGCAGUGAAAAAAAUGAAGUGCAGACUAUUACACCAGAUACAAGUCCACCUCAUUUCCAGGAAAACGAAUCCGUAUCAUUUUCUAAUAAAGCACAUGAAGAUGCACAUUGCACAGACAGACCCCAGAAGGAUAUGGAUGAAGGACCAUCUCCCAGUGGUGAUCCAGAAGAUUUGGCACAGUCAUUUUCUGAUGGUCCAUGCCCUGCCUCUCCUGAGGGCGAAUGCCCCGCCUCUCCUGAUGAAGAAUGCCCCGCAUCUCCUGAUGGCGAAUGCCCUGCCUCUCCUGAUGGCGAAUGCCCUGCCUCUCCUGAAGGCCAAUGUCCAGCCUCUCCUGAGGGCCAAUGUCCAGCCUCUUCUGAGGUCAUAGACCCAGCCUCUUCUGAGGGCGAAUGCCCAGCUUCUGAUGGCGAAUGCCCAGCUUCUGAGGGCGAAUGCCCAGCUUCUCCUGAGGGUGAAGAUCCAACCACUCCUGAGGGUGAAGGCCUUUCUUCACAAUAUGAGAACAUUGCAUCUCUUGAAGAAGAAAGCGCACCAUCUCCUGAUGAUGAAGGCCCAGCUUCUCCAGAAGAUGAGGAACUGGCAUCACUGGAAGGUGACUGUCCAGCGUCUCCAGAUGAUGUCGAUCCAGCAUCUCUGGAUGAUGAAGGCCCAGGAUCACCUCAGAUUGAAGGUUCAGUGUCAUCAAAGGAUGGAAAUGAACAUGUAGCAUCUCCCCAAGUUGAAGGUGUGUCUUCUGAUGAGGAAGGAGAGACAUCUACUACUGAUGAUGAUGGAGUCCCUACAUCAUCUUUGAACAGUCGCAACAUUGAUUCUAGGCUCAGUGGUUCUAAAGCCGAUGAUAUAGUUACCUCUGCAGCAGGACCUGAAGGUACGGAUGCAAUCAGAAGUGGACUUUCAUUGACUCAUCAUCAGGCUUCUGUUAUUCAGGAAAGUGCUAAUUCCCCUGCUGUGCAGGAUAUUUCUGACUUGUCGUGUGGUGAUUCAUGUAGUGUAAAGCAAAACAGUGAACACCCGUCCUCACUCAUUGACAAAGAUGACUGUGUAGCAGCAUCGCCGGACUCUAGAGGAGAUGUCAGCGGUAAUUUAUUGGAGUUGCCUCUUGACAGCAGAAACAGCAAAAGUUCCUCAAUUUCUCAGUGGCCAUCACAUAUAGCAAGUUCACCCAUUUCCGACACUGAAGAAAUUUGGGACAAUCCUUCAAUAUUGGAAAACAAGUCUAAUAAUGACGAUUCAGGGAGUUGUGUUAAAUGUGAAAAACAAUCUGGUGAAAGUGAAUUUCAGAGAAAAUAUGAGAGCACUGUCUUGGAGCCUUCAUUGGGAGUUUCAGACACUUUAAGCACAACACAUUCUGUAAGUAUUAGUCAUAAGAAAAGAAAAACGAGGAAAGAAAUAGGAUUGAGACACGAUACAGAAGGUCCACAGGCAGCAAAAACGAAUCUUGACAUUUCUGAAAACAUAUCGUCCAGCACAGACACUGUACAUAAUAGAGACCAUCACCUCCACACAAGGCUGGACAGAUGCAGUAUAUCGAGAGACAGGAAAGAACACAGACAUGAUAGAAGUAGCAGCACAAAGAAGACCGUUGACAGCUCGCCACAAGACGAAGCGGUGGCGGUGAGCACGACUCACGAUGGUGGCGGCGAUGAAGGGAGGAUGAAGAGAGCGAAGGAAAACACAAGUUUCAGUGAAGAGCAUGUGGAGCUGGACUAUGAGGAGGAUGUUGCCGAUGACAUGCACGCCCACCACAAUGACAUCUCCAAGGACGACGAAGAUGACGCUGACGGAAAGAAGGAAGGAAGCGAUGAUGAAAAGCAAGAGGGAGAAAUCACUGACGAUGACAAUGAUGAUGGAGAAAUUGAUGAGGAGGAAGACUGUGAGGAAGGGGAGAUUCGAGAACCAGGAUUCAGGCGACAGUCGGCCAAACCAAUAUGUCGGUUCUUCCUGCGAGGAAGCUGCACAUGGGGACUCAACUGUCGAUUCCUCCAUCCAGGAAUCAAUGAUAAAGGAAAUUACAGAUUGAUUGAAAUGCCUGGCUUCCAUAGAGUUGGUCCAAUGGGACCAUUUGGUCCAAUUUGGGCAUCUGAGAUGCCUGAAGAGCCUGAGCCACCUCCACCACCAGAACUACCACCAACCGAGUCGGCGUGGGAACGUGGUCUGCGACACGCAAAAGAGCUGCGUAAGAAGGCUCAAGAGAAGAAGGAACAAGAGACGGAUUUUGAAGAGAAGCGUUUGAACCUCAGCCUUGACGAGGAGAGAGAGCUCAACAAGGAGAAUGAGAGGAGCAAAUAUACAAAAGAUCCUUACUACGACCAACAAGCUUUUGAAGACGAUGAGUACUACAGCAAACCUCAAGUGACGACGUGGCAGCCAGGGCAGUAUGAGAAUUUUGAAGUGCGGUGGACAAGAGGACCAGAGUACCCUCCCUUUAGGGAAGAAGAGCGACCAGGUUUUAAAGAAAGACCUUUUAGUUUACAUAUGGACAGAGUUGAACGACCCGUAUAUCCCCCAAGACAGAGACACGAGCGACGGCAUGACAAGUGGCAUCAUGACAAAGCCGAGAUGCCGCAUCCCACAAAACAUGUGGCAAAGGGUCGGCAGGCGGACGAGUGGCAUGACCCAUGGCAGAGGACAAAGUCGCCAGUGUCGAGAUACAGAGGCUCAAGAAGUGAUUCGCGCAGCAGGCGGCGGUCAAGACGAUCGUACAGUGUCUCCUCUAGAGGUUCAUCUAGUUCGUACUCCACGUCACGAUCCAGAUCAUCGUCCGUGUCGUCUCGCAGCAGUCGGUCGUCAUACAGUCGAUCUUCGUCGUACAGCUCCAGAUCUCCCACACCAUCCGGAACUGCAAGACUCGGCAAGCAUGGUUCAUCUGACCAGAAAAAGCAGCCUGCUCAGCAACCCAAAGUGAACUCAUUUUCGUCUAAAGCUGGUGAAAAAAGGAUUCCACCUGCAGGAAAACCCAAUGCUGUCAAAGCUGCCCGGCCUCCAGACAAACGGCAGCCACCACCCACUAAAGCAGUUGAGCAGCCACGCAGUGCCGUUAGUCUGACAAUAAAACAUAAACAGAGGUAUCCGGAUAAGCCUCUGCCUUCAGCUUUAACCCAUUCACCUGUGAAGCAGGCCCGAGCUGCACCAACAGAUGUAAACAACCGGGCAAGACGGCCAGAGAAAGUCCCACCACCGCUAGCUAAUAAAUUGCGUCCUCGCUCAGUGAGCACCAGCGCCAGCAGUGUGUCUCGUUCUCGCAGUCGGUCGUCCUCUUCGUCAUUCUCCCGCUCGCGAUCACGCAGCAUGAGCAGCGUGUCAUCUCGGUCCAGCAGUUCUGGCUCAACGACUUCCAGUGGCAGUGCCGACUCCGACCACCUGUAUCGAGAUCUACAGAAGGGACAGAACGGGGAACCGGCGGUGAAGAAAGUUCCAGAUGAGAAGAAGCCGCCGAAGGCUCCGUUGAAGGAGGUGAGACGGCCGCGCGCUCCUGAACACCAGUCGGAACACAGACCAAGGAAAACGGAACACCGACCCAGCGGUCGCCAGAGCUCGGACAGCCGACUGUACAACUCCUCGGCCGGGUACCGCCAUCAGUCAGGCAGGGCACCGGCCACUCCAGUCAAACCCAAAGACCCCAUGAAGCUCGUCGGGCAGAAACAGAGCAUCAAGUUACUGCUCGUCAGUAAGGGCAGUGAGAAAGGCCCUCCCAGUGUUCCCGGCCUCCCCGGGUUGAAGAGACGUGCAAGUGACCAGGCAGGACCCCCGGCCAAACGUCCACCGUCGGUGGCAGUGUCAGCGGUCAACAAGCCAGUAGCAGGUGAUAAACCAACAAAGCCUACCUCUGUAGUGAGAUCAGAGAAAGCCAAGUCACCUCCAGUAAGACCGAAGGUCCCUGUUGCACAGAUGAAGGCUCCACUGAAACCAUCCUCACAGGCGAAGGUUCCCACACCGACGAAACCUGCCGUGCCAGGACCCGUUCCACCACCUGUGCCGGAAAAACCCAAAAUUAAGAAAAGCACACUCUCCCGAAGGGAGGAACUGUUAAAACAGUUGAAGGCGGUUGAGGAUGCCAUAGCAAGAAAAAAGUCUAAAAUGACGUGAUGUUGUACAUAUGUGAUUUCUCUGUACAUAGUAAUUUUUUGAAAUCAGAUCCAGGUCUGCAAUGAAAGAAGUAAUACUGUUAUGUAGAUACAGGGUUAAUAAAAGUGGAUUUUUAAACAUAUUUUCCAUUUGUUGCCUAUGAAAAAGUACUUUUGAUGUUUAUGCCUGUAAAGUUAAAAAUGACCUGAUAUUAAACAGGGGUAAAAAAACAAAAAACCUCUAUUUUAAAUAUG